AUGCCAUUACCGGAAGUAAAUAGGUCUCUUCGAAAUUCCUGGAUAUAUGAAAUUUAUGAUAAAGUCAUGAGCAGCAGAGCCAAUUCUAUAAUCUUCUAUGGGGAAGCUAACUCCAUGUUAACUCUGAGAUGGUUGUUGAACAUACCAUUUAUGGCAGACAAUGUAAUGAAUCCAAAAUGUAAAGUAUGGAUUCUGACAGCUCAGAUGGAGUUCAUAUCAUCUGUCUUACAAAGGGAUUGGGAUAUUCAUUCCCUCCAUGGUGCCAUAUCGUUUGCUGUUCAUUCCAAUGAUUUAGUAGAAUUCCAAAGAUUUGUUCAAAGCAGAAACCCUUUCAGUAUAACAGAAGAUGGUUUUUUGAAUAUCUUCUGGAAUCAGGCAUUUAACUGUAAAAUCCCAAAUGCAGAUCUUACUGAAGACAAUGAGAAUACCUGUACAGGAAAGGAGAGACUAGACAGCCUCCCAAAACCUUUAUUUGAGACAAAUAUGACAGCCUACAGCUACAGUGUCUAUAAUGCAGUCUAUGCUGUUGCUCAUGCUUUACAUACCAUGGAUUUUUCCACAUCCAGAAGAAGAGCAAUGGCAACAGGAGAGAAACUGAAGCUUCAAAAGCAUCAACCAUGGCAGCUCCACCAUUUUUUAAAAUGUGUGUCCUUUAACAGCAGUGCUGGAGACAAGGUUUCCUUUGACCAAAAUGGGGUCUUAGUCACAGGAUUUGAUGUCAUAAAUUGGGUUGCAUAUUCAAAUCAAUCUAUUGCCAGAGUAAAAGUUGGGAAGAUGAGUACACAGCUUCCACCAGACCAGGCAUUCACAAUUCAGGAGGAUGGCAUUGUUUGGCAGAGUUGGUUUAACCAGACACGGCCCCUAUCUUUGUGUAAUGACAACUGCUAUCCUGGGUAUAGCAAGAGAAUUUUGGAAGAUAAGCCAUCUUGCUGCUAUGGCUGCAUUCAAUGUCCAGAAGGGAAGAUCUCUGACCAGAAAGACAUGGCAAGCUGUUUUGAAUGCAAAAAUGGUUAUUAUCCAAACAAAGACCAAAAUGUAUGUCUUCCGAAAGUUGUAACAUUUCUGUCUUAUGAAGAACCCUUGGGGAUCAGUUUAGCUGUUAGUGGACUUUACUGUUCGUCCUUGACAGGACUUGUGCUAAAAACAUUUAUGAAGCAUCACAACACUCCUAUAGUCAAAGCCAACAACCGGAGCCUCACCUACACCCUUCUCAUCUCCCUCCUGUUUUGCUUCCUUUGUACAAUGCUUUUCAUAGGACAGCCUAGUAAGGUGACAUGUCUCCUUCGCCAGACUACUUUUGGCAUCAUCUUCUCUGUGGCUGUUUCUUCUGUGCUGGCAAAAACUAUCACUGUCCUUCUAGCUUUCAUGGCCACAAAACCAGGAUCCAGAAUGAGAAAUUGGGUGGGGAAAAAACUUUCCAACUUCAUUGUUCUUUCUGGUACACUUGUUCAAACAGGCAUUUGUAUUGUGUGGCUGGCAACCUCUCCCCCAUUUCCAGAUGUUGAUGUGCAUUCAAUGGCUGAAGAAAUUGUAUUGGAAUGCAAUGAGGGAUCACAGACUAUGUUUUACUGUGUUCUGGGCUAUAUGGGCUUUCUGGCCCUUUUGAGCUUCAUUGUGGCUUUUCCAGCUAGGAAGCUGCCAGACAGUUUCAAUGAAGCAAAGUUUAUAACUUUCAGCAUGCUGAUCUUCUGCAGUGUUUGGGUAUCUUUUGUUCCAGCCUACCUGAGCACAAAAGGAAAAUACAUGGUAGCUGUGGAGAUCUUUUCAACCCUGGCUUCCAGUGCUGGGUUGUUGAGUUUCAUCUUUUUCCCCAAAUGCUACAUUAUUCUUAUGAGACCUGAACUAAACAAUAAGGAACAUCUAAUAAAUAGAAACCACUGA